AAAAAAACUUUCUUUACAAAAAAAAUUUAAAAUGUCUUCAAAUUCUCAAAAUUUGGAUGAGUUUUUUAUUCCGACCGUGCCACGCUAUAAACAAUUGGGAGUUGAUGAAAUGAAUGAUACACUUGGGGACGGUUUGUUUGAAAUUCUUACACUUAAUCGUGAAAAUAUUAAACCAGUGGAGGCUGCAAAGACAUUAUCCAAACCAUCAACUCCAAAACGUUCAUCUUCUUCUGUUUUUGGCUCCAAACCGCCUAUUGCUGCUCAACCUCCUAUGCGUUUUGGUAAUUCUGUUCAACGUCGAAGUGUUUUGCCUGAUUCUAAACCAUCAACUCCAAAACCUAAAUCUGUCUUUGGUUCCAAACCUGUGGUAGUUCAACCUCCUAUGCGUUUUGGUAAUACUGCUCAACGUCGCAGUGUUAUGCCUGAGUCCAAACCACCACCAACAACUCCAAAACCAGUUUCUUCUUCAUCAAUUUUUGACACCAAACCAAAACUAGUUCAGCCUCCUAUGCGUUUUGGUAAUUCUGUUCAACGUCGUAGUCUUAUGCCGGAAUCUCCAAAUCGUCCAAGUUUUUCGGUUUCUCAUGCUGUUCGUGGUAUUGCGGUUAGUCGUCGUUCUGAAUAUGUUGGGAAGAAAUGAGAGGAAUUUUUUUAUUUAAAUAUGGUAUAAUUAUAAAAAUUUGCACUUUUCUGGGAAUUGACGACCCUGUUUUCCCUAUAUUUUUUGUCAAAUAAUAUCCCAUUUUUGGAUUUAAGUUUGGGAUUAGGUCUUCUGGGACCUAUCUGGAGCACUCAUAGUGUUUAGAAGCUGUUUUUGUUUUCGUCUGGUUUUCGGAUUUUUUAAUAAAUUUUGCGGACAAAAUUUGCGAACUUGGCCUGAUAAAAAAAUUUCGAGAUUUCUUAUUCCAUUGAAAAUUCCAAAAAAUAUUCAGGAAGAUUGGCUAGCAUU